AUGAGCACUGAUACAAAUGCCAACCCUGCACCCAAGGAUGCUAAGGAGAAGAAAGUGGCCGGCUCAUCCUCCUCCUCAUCGGAGCACCUGGACGAAGACGAUGAUUUCUUCCAGAUCGAGGGACCGGUCCUCAAUACCCAAUUCUCCCUGGCCGGACCAAACCUCGACGGAUCCCCAGACCCGAAAAGGAUCCCCUCGUCAGUCUUCGCAAGGACGUCAACAUUGCAAACCGACUGGAGCGUCACUUCGAACGAGGCUCUCUUCAGCAUCAACGUCGGGAACACGAGCUUCUCCAAGGACCAUAAGGUCUUGUAUGGCAAGUCGGGUGAGAUGGGCAACCCCAACGAGCAUUUGGCGCCAUUGCAACAGUUGUCGAAGCAGAGCCCAGGGUCCAGCCCCAUAAAGGGGGCAGUGUCACCCAAGGCAACCGGGGAAGACAACUCGACUGUGAAGGGGGGAGGAGACGCGGAUCACAUAGAUAGCAUAUCUCAUCGUUCCGAAGGAAGCGCAACCAACUUUGCAUUCCUGAUAUUGGCAGGCGAUGAGAAAGCCAGUGGGUGCUCGAAGGACACCCAACCAGAUCUUGCCCGACAAAGCACAGCGCAACUGAGUCAUGCACCAGAGCCAGAGCCGCAUGAUGAGAAGAACGAAUCACCGAAAGCGGCAAUGGAAUCACCGAAAGCCGCAAUGGAAUCACCGAAAGCUGUAAUGGAAGCACCUAAACCUGAAGAAGCCCCGGUAGCGGAACCGGCUCCAGCACCGGUGGAGCCACCGCCAGCGACAAAAAUGUUUCCCUGCUGUUCUUGCUGUCCAUUCUGUUGCUAA